UAGCCCAAAAUGUAAAUGCUUCCGGGCCGGCAGCAGACGAUACCGCUAGGCCACUGGGGAUAUCUCCGUACUCACGCCACGCAGUCGGGGCUUGCAGCUCAUCCGUACACUUUCCUUUCUCGAGGUAUCAUGGCGGCUCCCCGUCUUCUGCUCUUGUUUGUGGUUUGCUGUGCCUUUCAUCAUUAUGCCUUGGCUACUACUUCAGUCAGUGUAAAGCCUCUAGCUGAUCCUGUCUGGUACAUUCAGGGACGGCCUCUGCGCCUGACAUGUAUCGUGGAGGACGAGGAAGGAACCGAGACACCGAACUGGCUCAAGGAGGGAUUUCCUGUGGGUCUUCCGAAACAUGAGGUUUCCCGUCAUAAGAACGGGUCAGUGACGACGCUGACGCUGACCAUAGACCCUGCUGGAGUCGACGACCUGGGCUUGUACUCUUGUCAAUCAGGCAAAGCGGAUAUUCUCAAAAAUGUAGACAUGUUUUCAGAAUUAACGGACAGUGGAAUAUAUACCUGUCGUAUUGAGAUGAACGGUGGCUCGGAUAUGGAACAAGUGUUUUUGGAAAACAUAACAGCUAUGGGAAAACCUUUCAUCCGGGAUUCGGAGAUCCCCGAGAAACUACAGGAAGUGACCAACACAUCAGCUCUUUUGAAAUGUCCAGCUGGCGGUCAACCUCCACCACAGAUCUUCUGGCUUCGAGGUGACGAGGUCCUAGAGUCAUCUCCCAAGUUUGCCAUGAGUUCCCUUGAUGGUGUUCCGUCCGGCCAGCUGAACAUUGUCAAUCUGACAGUCGAAGACAUGGGCACGUACAAGUGCACGGCGGAGAACUCCCGUGGUAAGGCGACCGUCAAGUUUGAGAUCGGCGAUCCGGGCAACGUGAAUUCCGCUUUGACAAUUUCACCCGGAAAAGCUAACUCCAUUAUAACAUUGUUAUCUUUGAUCUUCGUUGGGAUCCUGGCUAGAGAGACUUGAGUCGUGCCAGGAGAAAACCUCUUUCGAGCAUUUUCUGUUAUGCUCUCGCCAAGUAUUUUGUACUGUAAUUUUCAAUCAAUAGGAGCGACAACUUGGACUUAACAAUGAUCUCUGAUAAAACUCCUUUACUUUGCCACUGGUCCAUCUUUGGGAACAAGCACAAAUUAGAUUAAUGUACAGUGAUACAAUCACAGUGAGGUUUUAUCAUUCUUGUUCUUCCAGAUUACACAAUCGGAGUUAUACUUUUAUCGCUUACUACACAUUUUACUGGGGCACAUAAAGUAGUCAGUUUCGACAACGUACAACAGAGUUUCAUUCCCCGAACAAAAAAAGGGGGUGAUAAGUAAUUGUUGUUUUAUUCCACCAAACGCCACUCUGUCCCUACUUUUCUGCUUUGUCAUCGUCGAAUUUGAAGUUCUAUUUCAAGCGUACAACCGAAUGCCUUAAUGCUUGUAGUUUUGGCAUCACCUUUCCAUCAUGCCUACUCUAUUAGUAUAAUAUGAAGGAUAUGUUUCUACUUUUUGUUUGUGUGCUGUGCCAUUGGAGAACAGGGUAUACAAUAAGGACACAAUUUCACAUGCGAUUUCCUCGGCCCACAUCUACUUAUGAGAUGGUUUGAUUCGUCCACAUUUUUUGACUCUUCAGAAACAAAACAAAGGAAACAGUGACUGUUGACGUUGUAGUAGCUUACAGUGUCAAUGCCUAUUUGUUCUUUGUCAACACAAUGAGACAUAACAGUGUCAUAUUUCUUAACGGGUGGUAAUGUUUUUGCACUGCGCCUUUUGCGACUACAGCCGUAAAGAUCACAUUGCUUAUAACAGAGCGCUGCUUUCCUCUGUGUUCAAAGCACCACGCUGCGAGGUUCAAGUGGUGUGUCGUCUUCAAGCACAGUCUUGUAACAAUCCCAACGCCGUGGGCUGUUUUGCUUGAGAUACAGUCACUCUCAUUGUUAACUUUUGUAUUUGAUGUUUAGCUGUCUGUACGAAUAUCAGACAUGGAGGAUCAGCAGUGAAAAGUAUGGCCUAUACCCAUGCUUUGAUUGACAUUUCAGUUCACUUAAAGUAUCUUAGAUUUGGGGAAGAUAAAAAUGAGAAUAUUGAGACAAAGAGGUAAGCACGAUAUCGCAGUUUCCCCAAAUUCUUUCGAGUUAGAGGAAACAUUCACCAUUUCAAAAAUAAGAAUUGACUAAGCAAAUUAAAAUACAAUAACAAAACAUAUUGUUUUCUCUCUUUAAUUUUUCCUGAGGGGGGGGGGGGGGGGUCUUUAUCCAAACACUGGGGAGUGGUGCAUUAUAAUAUACCUAUACAUCGGAGACAUGAAAUAGGCAAUAGCGUCUCUAAAAGAAAAAAAAAUCCAACUAAAGUGGUUUGAAAAUCAUCUAAACAUUUAGAUCUAUUAUGAAAAAAACCCCUGGGGUAUGGUAUUUUUAACCCAGUAGUUUUUACAGCUUUUGCUUCGACACUUUCCAGAGAAUAAAAGAAAAUAAUAAUAUUAUUAUUUUUCAAGACACUAACUAUUUAGUCAACUUGACUAAGAUGGGAUACUUCUUUUCCUCACGACUGUCACUGAUGAAUGCAGGGCCAGAGAACCUUUCUAUAUUGUGGGGUUGUUGGAUGCCGUCGAUUUGUCAGUUUUGCUCAAUGUUGGCCCAUUCAUUGCCACUCUAUCUCCAUUGAUCUUACACACCCGUGUGAACGUGUAAUCGUCAUGCUGGCAGUCCUCGUCGUCGUCGUCGUCGUCGUUCUCACCGUUGCAGUCGUGUUCGUCGUGGUCCACCAUCUCCUAUUCCUUUUCUUCCUCCUCCUCUGCUCCUUCUCUUCCUCCUUCUCCUCCCCAUCUCCUCCUCCCCCUCUACAGCUUCACCAUCAUCAUAAUUAUUAUAUCAUCAUCAUCAGCAUCAUCAUCAGCCUCCUCCUCAUCAUUAUCAUCGUCGUCGUCAUCAUCAUCACAUCAUCGCCAUUAUCACCAUCAUCGUUUUAUCAUUAUCUUCCAUGGUACGAAUACCAUAAAUGUUAUUUUGAAGCUUUUCGUUACAAAAAAAUUCCCGAUUUUACAUUCUUUUAAAAGUUUCACUAUACCUUUGGGAUUAUUAUAAUUGUAAUAUUUAAUAUGUAUAAGAAUGAAAUAAUAAUUAUUAUUUCAUUAUGAUAAAUAUUGAACGUUUGGCUUCCAGUUUCAACACUGAAUUGGUCAAUAAUUGCAAUUGCAAUAUCUUGAAUAAUUUACGUUAUAAACACCCAACGAGCCUAACUCCAUGACAUUUCUUUUUUGCUGAUAAUCUGCACUGUUAAAACAUUACUUUAGAACCUGUACAUACCCGUUUUAGUUAGAUAAAUGACUGGAUAUACUCAUUCCAAUACCUAUGAAUUACUUGUUUGAAAAAGUUGUUUAAAGUUAUGUUCUAAAGCAAUGGUGUGUUCUGAUGGGGUAGUUAGAACAAUGGAGUAACAGUUGGGAUUCAAGGAAUCCAAUUAUCAUCCGGCGUUAGUGUAGUGCGUUCUGUGUAGGCAUACCAAUAUCUGUGGUUUGUUUUUCCUUUCUCUUACCAUCAGCAUCGACCCAGAACCAUUGAAUGUAAGUCGAUGGUUUCAACACUAUAGCAACCUCAGUUAAGAUUUCCGUAGCUUUAUUAAUUCUUAAUUUGAGCUCUUCGAGCAAUUAUAAUAACAAACCUUUGUCUGGGGAUUAGUUUUUACUUUCUUGUAAUUGUUGUUUCCAUGGUAUUGUGUCUUGAAACUAGACGACUCUAGUACAACAGAGCCAAGGGUCAGACCGUGGGAAACAAGAACGUUGUAAUGAGAAAGAAAGGUAAAAGAAGACAAUGUGACCGAAGGAAGAGAGGAAAUAUAAAGAGAGAUAGAGGAGUGGAUAUGGAGAGAGACGGCAUGAGACAGACAGACAGAGAGAGAGAGAGAGA